UAAUCCUACUUUGUCUGCUUCACUAGAGUUACCUCUCAACGCACCAUAAGAACAGCCAUGAAAUUCGUCUCUGCCUCCAUCCUAGACGCAUUGAAUUCAGUCUCGUCUCACUGGAACGGCUACACCAGUGUUAUCAAUGGCGACAUGCCAAUCCUCCAAGCUGGCCAGCCAUCAAUCUAUGCCCGCCUGACAUCGCAUCUUCCCAGUGCGCAAUCAAGCUUUGUGUGGCUCCCUACGCCUAUCAUUGAUGCCCCUGAGGCGUAUUCAGAAAUCUCUGAGCACUGGCCGGCGGUGACUAGUAUUGUAAACGAAGACAUGCCUCUUCUCCAAGCGGGUGCUCCCUCUAUUUACAAAAGGGUUACCUCGGUUAUCCAUGGGACAGCGAUUACGGAGACAUAUAACAAGCCGCUUGUUGAUGCCUUGGUCACUGCGCUGCCUUCGCCUUUGUUUAACAAUAUCAUUUAUAGGGCUGGCAUCGAUGAUAAUGUUGAUGGAUGGUCGAUGGAUUCGGUCGAGUCUGUUGAGCCCACUCCCACUCCUACCCCUACUCGCACUCAUGGCCACGGACAUCAUGGCCAUCACGAUUACAAGCCACCACCACUAGUAGAUAUGCCCAGUAUUGUGAUAACUAAAGCUUUUAUGUGAAGAGUGCUUAAAUUGGUUCUUUUAUACAUCAACCCAGCUAUGAGAGUGGAAAUUGAACCUACCCGAUAAAGGACUGAUCAGCUGAAGCAGCUGACUACACAACAAGCGUGUUAUGAUAUACACAUCGCUGUCUCUAAUGAAGGCAGUUGUAUUUUCGGUUUUUUGUGUUGCUGCCAAUACGAGUAUUUGCGGAGGGAGAUUUAAAAGUGAAUGGAAUUUUG